GUGGCCACCGUUCGGACUUCAUCUUAUACGAUCUCUUUCACAACAUACAAGUUACUGCUCUUGUCAAGAAAUAAUAUCCAAAGGCGACCGGUCAAUUUUCUACUAUGCCUCCCUUUCAAAUCAUACCGAAACGUCGCAGACGAGGUCUAGGAUCCAGCCUUCGAAACCAAAUGCACUUUCCUGUUAUCAACAUGUGUCCAACCGAGGAGAACAUCGGAAAAUCCUUCUAUGCCAUGCAAGAUGGCACUCGACUGCGACACUGGUGUCUUCUUGCCGAAAUCAUAGAUGGUUUCAAAGAGGAUGGAAUUCUCAUGCUCGAAGUCAGGGAUGCUGCCAGGGAGAAGUGCUUUGUCGCGUUCCGCGAUAAGAACGAUCAAUAUGGGGGACACCAGUUCGUGGACCCUGAUAUUACUAGCGAGAGCAGGAAGAUGAAAGGUCGCAAGACCAUCGCUAUUUUGUACCCAAUCCUUCGGUAUGACUUGCCGGGGAACAGGAAAGGAUUUAUAAUUGACGAUAUUAGCAACUUUACUCCCAUUCCUCAUAGUAUAGUGGAGCUGUAUGAUGCAAAUGACAGGCUUCGGGAAGUUGCAACCGAAUGCUGCUUGAGUGGUUGCUCACAAAAGGAGAAUCUCAAGGCUUGCUCCGUAUGUUAUGUCGUUAAAUACUGUGGCAGGGACCAUCAAACAAAACACUGGAAAGUGCACAAACCUGAAUGCAAAGCUAACGAAGCUCUUCGGUGGUUUACUCAGAGGGAUUGGACUCAUUACGAUUCAAAGUUCUCGUUUCCAUGAUGUUUGGGUCCGUUUGCUUUCUUGCAGUGGUUGACCAUGUUUUCGCCGUUCUGUUCAUGCUAUUCGUUCAUUUCUCGUCCCCAUUACCUUGACCCAUCGGACUAUGUGCCCCCAACCGUGGCUUUAGAAACCUCAAUCAACUCUGGUUUGUUCUCGUGUUCCAGUCGUUGUCGUAAGAAUACUUCUUGCAAAGGCCGUAUCAUGAUCGUCAAUGUACCGCAAGAUCUACCGCUAGGAUACUCAAUUUCGGUGCUGAUCUCUGCACAUCGUCGCCGAUCAGAUCAUGUGAGUCCUCCGUCUGAAGCACCCAUAAGAGACUGCGGCGAUUUCGCCCUUGAAACUCAAAUUGAACCAGUGACUCAAUGUGGAUCCACAAGUGAGAUGAGUCUUUCGUCGCUGACGCGUACGUAUAUCACGGAUAAUGUUCUUGGCUACUUUUAUCUGUUAUUUCAAAAGAAAAAAAAAACCAGAUACUUACCGUGCACUGAGGUGUAGACCCGCAAAGCAUAAUUCAUCGCGUUAUGAUUCCUGUCAGAUGCGCAAAAUUGGUCGUUCAUACCAAGCUUUGUGGCAGUGUUGAAUAAGCUGCCUUGUAACUC